GUGCUUUGGCAAUUUUCAAAAUGGCGUUGUAUUCACCCAGUAGGUGAGGUGAGCGAUUGGUAAGUUUUUUCCUCGUCAUCGGACUCUGUGGACGCGUUCGUCGGCUAUUGUUUGGCUUCGUGAACUUUUUCCGGAUCGCGCACGCCGGCGCGUGCUUCGCAAAAGUGCUCGGCCGCACUGUGCAAUAUUUGGAUGCAUUUUUCGCCGUGGUUUUGUUACUCUUUCGAAGCCUAAAUCCAGGCUAGCACAGUGGGCAUCUUUCCGAGAUACGUGCUAAGCCUAAAAAGCCUGUGCAUACUUAACCCUAAAACAAUUUAAAUUUUUCGCCUGGCGGCCUGCAUCGGCGGAGCGGCCGGACAGACCGGGCGAGCAUCGUGUUUUCCGUGACGUUCCGUGUCAAUGUGGUGAGACCCGGAGGCCAGGCUUUUGUGUUGAGCCGUGGUCGGUCCUGCAGGAGACCAGCGACCGGGAUGUGAUCGGCGGCGCGACAGUUCCAGCGACGAAGAGCGGAGAAGCGGCGCUCGACGUCGUGAGCAACGACGACCAUGGCGGAUACAAGAAGACGCGUCAAGUUGUAUGCCUUGAACGCCGAUCGUCAGUGGGAUGACCGCGGCACCGGACAUGUGUCGUCUUCGUACGUCGAGCGGCUCAAGGCUAUGUCCCUUCUCGUGCGGGCCGAGUCUGACGGCUCGUUACUCUUGGAAUCAAAAAUACAGCAGGACACCGCCUACCAGAAGCAACAGGAGACGUUGAUCGUGUGGUCGGAAGGCGACAAUUACGACCUAGCACUGAGCUUUCAGGAGAAGGCAGGCUGCGACGAAAUAUGGGAAAAGAUCUGCCAGGUGCAGGGCAAGGACCCUUCAGUGGACAUCACCCAGGACGUGGUCGAGUCCGAGGACGAGCACCUCGAGGAAGUGGGGGACGGCAUGCCCCCUGUGGAGCUUCCCCCGUGCGAGACCCAGCGGCUGGGCGAGUUGGCCAGCCUGGUGCAGAGCUGCCUGCCCUCGCCCGUGCGACGGGACAAGCUGGCCACCGCCCUGGAGGAGCAGGACUACAUACGGCGCCUGCUGCCCGUCUUCCACACCUGCGAGGACCUCGACUACCGGGAGGGUUUGUACCAACUUUACGACAUCUUCAAGGGCAUCUUCUUAUUGAACAAGAAUGCACUGUUCGACGCUAUGUUUGCCGAGGACGCCAUCCUAGACGUCGUCGGCAUUCUAGAGUAUGAACCAGGGUGUCCUGCAGGCCAGAGGCGGCGGCAUAGAGACUACCUUCGGCAGGUGUCACGAUUUCGGGAGGUGAUCCCUCUGGGGAACCCCGAGCUGCUGGCCAAGAUCCACCAGACGUACCGGGUGCAGUACAUCCAGGAUGUGGUGCUGCCCACACCAUCAGUCUUUGAGGAAAACAUGCUCUCCACACUCUCAUCAUUCAUCUUCUUCAACAAGGCCGACAUUGUCUCUAUGCUUCAGGAGGACGAAAAGUUCCUAAGCGAACUUUUUGCCCAGCUGACGGACGAGGCGACCGACGAUGACAAGCGACGAGACCUUGUGCUUUUCCUCAAGGAGUUUUGUACAUUUUCACAAACGCUACAGCCACAGUGUAGAGAAUCAUUUUUUAAGACGCUAUCAAGUUUAGGUAUUCUACAAGCAUUGGAAAUUACUUUGGGCAUGGAGGACAUAGUGAUCAAAACGGCCUCCAUCGACAUCCUCUCCUACUUAGUGGACUACAGUCCGUCCAUGGUGCGCGAGUACGCAUUCCAGCAGUCCAACGUGCAGGACGACGAUCAACUACUGAUCAACAUCAUCAUUGAACAGAUGAUCUGUGAUCCAGACCCAGACCUAGGUGGUGCGGUGCAACUUUCAGGCAUCUUGCGGUUAUUGCUUGACCCCGAGAACAUGCUUUCCCUCGACACUUCUGAGUUUCUGAACUUCUUCUACAAGCACUGUAUGCAUGUGCUAAUAGCUCCAGUACUUGCCAAUACCACCGGUGAUGCGCCAAGCAAAGAGACUAGCCAAACGGCGCAGCUGCUGAGCCUGAUAGUAGAGCUGCUGUCGUUUUGCGUGGAGCACCACUCGUACCACAUCAAGAACUACGUACUGCACAAGGACCUGCUUCGAAGGGUGCUCGUCCUCAUGCGCUCCAAGUUUACGUUCCUGGUGCUGUGCGCACUGCGCUUCAUGCGGCGCAUUGUGGGCCUGAAGGACGAGUUCUACAACCGCUACAUCAUCAACGGGAACCUCUUCGGGCCUGUGGUUGACGCCUUCCGCCAAAACAAUGGUCGCUACAACCUCCUGGACUCGGCCGUGCUCGAGCUGUUCGAGUUCAUCCGAGUGGACGACGUGAAGUCCCUGUGCCUACACGUGGUAGAACGUUACGGCAAAGUCCUCGACAAGGUGGACUACGUUCAGACUUUCAAGUCUCUGCGGCUCCGCUAUGAACAGCAUCAAGAAAGGCUUCGUGAACGGGGGCCUUCCCUGGAAGGCAGCAUCCUCCGUGGAGCGGGCGGUGGUGGCGGGGUCAUGCCCGGAGCGGCCCUGAGUCCAGCUGUGGUGGGAGCGGGCGCCCUCGGGGCGGCAGCCCGGUUCCGGCGCGACCCACGGCAGCUUGAAGAGGACGAGGAGAUGUGGUUCAACGAAGAGGAGGAAGAAGAAGAAGAGCUGGAAGGGCCCCCUGGAGCAGUGGCACCGGCCGACAGUUUCAGCCGUCGCCUGGAUGCUGAGUUCGACCAGCUGGGAAAGAUUCUCGACAAGAAAGCACAAGAGAGAGAGGGCAAAGAGAAUGUGCGCACCUUGAACCGGUCGGGGUCGCCCGUUCUGAACAACAGCGCUGGACGGCGGAGCCCCUCUAAUCCAGCAGGACCUCUGAGCCCCACUACGGUGGUGGAGGUCAAAUCUCCCACGGGACCCCUACAGCAGCGAAAGGGUGGCCUCGUCGACUACCCCGACGAAGACUCCGACGAGGAAGAAGAAGAGGAGGACGACGACAGCUUGACCACGGGCGGUCUUCCUUCACCCAAGCGAGCACGGCUGUCAUCUUAGCGCCCACCGAUGGUGACCCGCCCCCAGACAGCGGUGCACGCAUGCAUGCAUCUUCUCGUCCAUCCAUCCCUUCACCACGAAGCGCCCCCCCCCCAUCCUGCUAAGCGGUAGCACGAUCACCUUUCGACACAGCGAAUGUCGCCAUCGUCUUCAUCACUUGGGGAGUAACAAUGAUGAGGCCGCAGGCCUUGCCCCCCAUCAUCAAUGCUUGCUGCCCUGGGCGGACGCAAGAAACAGCGCAGCCGCGAGACGCUGCUUUAGCGGCUGACAUGCCAGUCGUGACAACCACAAAAGUGACAGUUUGGCUACGCACGACAUCCAGUUGUUUUUCCCCUCCCUCCCUUCGUUCAGUGUCCAUGCAGCGACAUCUUUCUAUUUCUAUAGACCUCGCACAGUGGAAGAUGUGCUUCAAGGGGAGGAGAAGCGUGUGAAGGACAAAUAGUAGUGCCACUAUCUUAUGUUGCGGCAUUGUGCUGCUGCCUCUGCGUUUGAAGAUCUCUUCUCCUGUCUCCCCCCCUUUUCUCUCCAUCUUGUUUGUUUUGUUUUGUCCCCCCCCCCCCCCUUAAUUCGUUUCGCCUCCGAGACGUUCGCAUCACCGUCGUUGUUCUUUCUCGAGACCAUUACCCAGCACCUGCCAUCUGCAUUCUACCUUCUCUGUACAUAGUUAUACAUAAACAAUAGUGAUAUAUAUGUGUACACAUAAGCACCGUACAUGCAUACAUAUAUAUAUGUGUGUAUACAUACACAAAUUUAUAUAUAUAUUAUAAAUAUAUAUAAAGGGUGUGUAUCAAAAAACAUCAACUGAACCUUUAAGCUUGGGAAAUUGUAAAAAAAAAAUGCAACGACCGUAGUAUGCGCUGGCAGCCUGGAACAAAGUGGUGAAAUGAAUGUUUGUAGCAAUGAACUUUUUUUUCUUGAGUUCUCAUGAAGGACACUGCGGCGUGAAGCCCACGCUCUGGGAAGUCACUGGUGAUUCAUCAUCAUUUUUCACACCAUGCUGUAUCGCGCGAGUCUCUCGGUUGUACCUCUCGCCUCCGUCCGGGAUUUCGUUCCCGGGCAACUCGUCAUCUAGCGUCGCCGUGUGCUUCAAUUUUGCAACGUUUGCAACCUUGUGCAGUAGCGGUACCUUUCCUUAGUGUUUUUGUUUUUUCAUAGCCUCUGCCGAGCUUCGUUAAAUUAGUUCAUCCUCAUCUCGCCUUCUCCUCGUAGUUCAUUUUGCGUAGACUGUCUCUCCCCCUCCCCUUGUUUCUCAUACAUUUAUCUAUUCAUGGGUGCCUCACCGUGCCUAGUUGUAUGUCUAGAAUGCAUUUCCUUUCUCCAAAACAAGAAAAACUGUAAAAAAAAUUAUAGCAAGCAAGCCUGCUUGCGUUUUUUUGUUUUGUUGAUUUCCAUCCCAAAUCGGGAUGGGGAAUAUGGAAAUUGAUUCUGUGGCUUUGAUUUGCUUUCGAGGGAAGAAUAAAAUGUUCUGUCUUUGCCCAAAAGACCAGCUACAAUCUCCCUCCCCUCCCCCCUUUCUCCCAAAGCAAAGAGAAUGUUCAGGAAACAAGUGGUUUGCAAGAAGAAUGAACAAGUUGUGCAGAGAUGGCAAAAGCCGAGCUUCUAACCUCCUCGCGGGCGGGUCACGUGUGUCAAAGAACCGAAGCAUGUGCGUCUUCUUCGUGGAGGAAAACAAGGGAUCCAAAAAAAAAAAGGAAGUGAGAACUACAAGGUGUGGAAGAAGAAAGAAAAAGCCUCAUCUCAGUGGUGUGUGCGCAAAGGGCCAUAGUUCUCGCAUUGCCAGUGCAAAACAAUGUUUUCUUUUGCUUUUUUUAUUUGCGACAGAUUUGACUGCCAAGUGACUGCUGCGGCUGGCAAUUCACUGACCAACAUGACAUUGGUUUUUUUUUUUUUUCCUCGUGCUCUCCCUCUUCAUUUUUUUCCCCCAAGCCCAUAAAGACGCCACUUCCUGCCAUGCUGAGUCGGACAGAGAAGUCAUGUCUCUGUAGAGUAUAUUCCUUCUUUGGUGUUGAUUUUCUUUUUAUUAUAAUAAAAACCAGUUGUUUCAGCUGUGCAUCUAAA